AUACUGCUCAAAACUAAGGAACAGAAGGUUAGCCCAAGAGAAAUCGCUGAGAACAUAGCAAAAAAUAUUCCUGCCAACGAAUGCAUUGAGAGGGUUGAAAUUGCUGGUCCUGGUUUUAUCAAUGUCCACCUGAGAAAGGAUUUUGUCUCAAAGCAGCUGAGCAGUUUAUUGGUGAACGGAGUCCAACCACCAGCUGUUGGCAAAAGGAAAAAGGUGGUGGUGGACUUUUCCUCCCCUAACAUCGCAAAGGAGAUGCACGUCGGCCACCUGCGGUCUACUAUCAUCGGAGAGAGUAUGUGCCGGCUGUUUGAAUUUGCAGGUUAUGAUGUUCUGAGGUUGAACCAUUUAGGAGAUUGGGGCACACAGUUUGGAAUGCUCAUUGCUCACCUCCAGGACAAAUUUCCGGAUUACUUAACGGUUUCUCCUCCCAUUGGGGAUCUCCAAGCUUUUUACAAGGAAUCCAAGAGGAGGUUUGACACAGAGGAGGAAUUUAAGAAACGUGCCUAUCAAUGCGUGGUGCUGCUGCAGAGCAAAAACCCAGACUUCAUUAAAGCGUGGGAGCUGAUCUGUGAUGUGUCGCGGAAAGAGUUCCAGAAAAUCUACAACUGCUUGGAUGUCACAAUCAUAGAGAGAGGGGAGUCAUUCUACCAUGACAUGAUGAAAGACAUUGUGAAAGAAUUUGAAGACAAAGGAUUUGUCCAGGUUGACGAUGGCCGGAAGAUUGUGUUUGUCCCGGGUUUCCCCGUCCCGUUGACAAUCAUGAAAUCCGACGGAGGUUACACGUACGACACGUCUGACUUGGCUGCUCUUAAACAUCGGCUGUGUGAAGAGAAGGCCGAUAUCCUUAUUUACGUUGUCGAUAGUGGCCAGUCGGUGCAUUUGCAAACAGUGUUUGCAGCUGGACAGAUGAUCGGCUGGUACGAUCCCAAAGUCACCAGAGUGUCCCAUGCUGCGUUCGGAGUGGUGCUGGGAGAAGACAAGAAGAAGUUCAAAACUCGGUCAGGGGAUACAGUGCGUCUUGUAGAUCUGCUGGAAGAAGGGCUGAAACGAGCUAUGGACAAGCUGAAAGACAAGGAACGGGACAAGGUCCUCACGGCAGAAGAGCUGAAAGCUGCCCAGACGUCGGUCGCUUUUGGGUGUAUUAAAUACGCAGAUCUCUCCCACAACAGACUAAACGAUUACGUGUUCUCCUUUGACAAGAUGCUGGACGACCGAGGAAAUACAGCUGCUUAUUUGCUGUAUGCCUUCACCCGGAUCAGGGCUAUCGCUCGCCUGGCCAGUAUUGACGAGCAGAUGCUGCGGAAGGCAGCCAGGGAGGAGGUGCUUAUCCUGGACCAUGAGAAGGAGUGGAAACUGGGCAAGUGCAUCCUGAGGUUCCCUGAGAUCCUGCAGAAGAUCCUGGAGGACUUGUUACUGCACACUCUCUGUGACUACCUUUAUGAGCUGGCCACCACCUUCACUGAGUUCUAUGACAACUGCUACUGCGUAGAGAAAGACAGGCAGAGUGGCCAGAUCGUGAAGGUGAACAUGUGGAGGCUGCUGCUCUGCGAAGCCACUGCCACCAUCAUGGCCAAAGGGUUCGACAUCCUGGGCAUUAAGCCGGUGCAGAGGAUGUAGCUGUGCCCUGUGGGGUGACAAUAAAGGGACUAAACAA